AUGAUGGCGGCUUUGCUGCUGCGCCGGGAUAAGAGAUCCACCGCCGCCCACCUGAAGGCAGACCUCCAGCGGGCCGACAACAGCUCGGUGCGGCAGCUGCGGGAGCUGCUGGACACCGUGCUGGACCCGCAGCGCGGCUCGGACCCUGACCCGGAGGGGCUGGACUGGUGUAAAUGGCUGCUGGCCGGAGGGGACGCUUUCGACGAGUUCUGCCGGACCGUCCGAUCCUACGAUAACGCCACCCUCUGCGGGCUGGUGUGGACAGCCAACUUCGUGGCCUACCGUUGCCGGACUUGCGGCAUCUCUCCGUGCAUGUCGCUGUGUGCGGAGUGCUUCAAUAACAGCGAUCACACGGGCCAUGAUUUUAACAUGUUCCGGAGUCAGGCCGGCGGGGCCUGUGACUGCGGGGGGAACGUGAUGAAAGAGAGCGGGUUUUGUAGUAGGCAUCGGUUAAAAACGGGAGAGAAUGUGCCAUCAGUCCCUUGGGAUCUGCUGCUCAUGUCUGAGAUGGUGCUGCCGCGGUUUAUCAUCACUAUCAUUCAGUACCUGAGAGACGGCUACACUGAACCAGAGUCGGCCACUGACCGAGAUCUGCAGAAGGUUCUGCAGCAGUUGGAGCCGCACAUAUCGUUCUUAGAAGAGCUCACCAAGAUGGGCGGGGCCAUGCGCACCGUUCUCACCAAGAUCUUAACCAAUCAGCAGACGUUUAAAGAACUGAGCAUGGGUCAAGAGGAGAAUGUUUUUGCAAAGAGGAACUAUGAGAAGUAUUUGUCAGCACUGAAGAGUUCGGGUCUGGUGUCAGUGGAGGAGAAAGGAGCAGGAGGAGCUGGCGCUGGGACAGCAACAGACACUUCAGCGGGAGCAGGAGCGCUCAGCCUGCUGGGAGCUACUGCUGCUGCCAGUCUGGAGGACUCAAGCAAAGAGGAGGAUCAGGACGGGCUGCAGGGUGUGGGACAGAGGAAAAGAGUGAAGCUUAGUAGCAGUACCAAAGAUCCAUCCAUAAUGGACACUCUGAAACAUAAAUGCUUUUUAGAAGAGUUAUUGUUUUGGACUAUUAAGUAUGAAUUUCCUCAGAAGAUGGUCACAUUUUUGCUCAACAUGUUGCCAGAUCAGGAUUACAAGAUCACGUUCACUAAAACCUUCGUACAACACUACGCCUUCAUCAUGAAGACCCUCAUGAAGAGCCACGAGUCCGACACCAUGUCCAACCGCAUCGUUCACAUCAGCGUUCAGCUCUUCAGUAACGAGGAGCUGGCGAGACACGUCACAGAGGAGUGCCAUUUACUGGACAUCAUGGUCACUGUGCUUCUCUACAUGAUGGAGAGCUGCCUUAUCAAGAGCGAACUGCAAGAUGAGGAGAUUAAUCGGCAUGUGGUGGUAAACUGUGGUGAAGCUCUACUGAAGAAUAACACCUACUGGCCUUUAGUUAGUGAUUUUAUUAAUAUCCUCUCACACCAAAGUGUGGCCAAGCGCUUCCUGGAGGAUCGUUCUCUGCUGCUGCUCUGGAUGAGUUUCGUUUCCUACUUCCAAGGAAUGAAUCUGAACAAGCGAGAGCUGAAUGAGCACGUGGAGUUCGAGUCUCAGACAUAUUAUGCAGCGUUUGCAGCGGAGCUGGAGGCCUGUGCUCAGCCCAUGUGGGGUCUCCUCACACACUGCAAAGUCAAAGAGACCCAGGAGUACACUAAGACAGUGGUGCGGUACUGUCUGGAAACUCUUCAGAUGUGGUUUGAUGCCAUUGGGUUUGUAGAUGAGCCUUCCCUCAACCAGCUGACCUUUCAUUUACCUCUCCAUCGAUACUACGCCAUGUUCCUCAGCAAGGGAGUAAAGUGUCAAGGUUUGGAUUUGGACAGUUUGCUUCCGGAUCAGGAGAUGCUGAUGAAGAUCAUGGUUCACCCUCUUCAGAUACAGGCUAGCCUGUCUGAGAUCCAUAGUAACAUGUGGGUGAGAAAUGGGCUGCAGAUUAAAGGUCAGGCCAUGACCUAUGUCCAGUCUCACUUCUGUAACUCUAUGAUUGACCCGGACAUCUACCUCCUGCAGGUGUGUGCGUCUAGACUGGAUCCAGAUUACUUCAUUUCCUCAGUGUUUGAGAGGUUUAAGGUGGUGGACUUGCUGACGAUGGCGUCUCAACAUCAGAACGCAGUGCUGGACUCGGAGCAGGAGAGACCCAUGCUGGAGGGAGCGCUCACCUUCCUGGUCAUACUGAGCAGUCUCCGAAUACACCUGGGAAUGUCUGAUGAUGAGAUCUUGAGAGCGGAGAUGGUGUCUCAGUUGUGUAUGAAUGAUCGUACGCACAGUUCCCUGCUAGAUCUGAUCCCGGAGAAUCCGAACCCUAAGAGCGGUGUGGUGCCGGGCAGCUGUAGUUUUGAGGAGAUGCUUUCUGCUGUAGCUGAUUUUAAAGCCCCGGUGUUUGAGCCUGGAGGAUCAAUGCAACAGGGCAUGUACACGCCAAAAGCGGAAGUCUGGGAGAAAGAGUUUGACCCUAUAAUGGUGAUUCUACGCACCGUGUACCGCAGAGACGUGCAGUCGGCCAUGGAUCGAUACACAGCAUUUUUGAAACAGUCAGGUGUUAAUACAGGGAACCCCUGGCCGCCCUAUAAGGAGAGGACCCCGCUGCACCCCUGCUAUAGAGGACUGGUGCGCCUGCUGCACUGCAAAACUCUGCAUAUCGUCAUCUUUACACUGCUUUAUAAGAUCUGGAUGGAUCAUCAGAACAUGUCUGAACAUGUGUUGUGUAUGGUGCUGUACCUGAUAGAACUCGGACUGGACAAUCAGGUCCAGGAUGACAAAGUGGAGGAGGAGCCCUGUAUCGAGGAGCACUGCCACGACAGCUGGUUCCCAGGCACCAGCCUGCUGUCUAACCUCCAUCACGUCAUCAACUUUGUGCGGGUUCGAGUGCCAGAGACGGCUCCUGAGGUGGAGAGAAAGAGAGAGCGGGAGAGAGAGAGAGAAACUCCACCCAGCACCAGCACUGAGAGCGCCACCUUCGGACAGAACCUGCGUGAAGCUCAAGUGUUCAGUCUCGUGGCAGAGCGUAGGAGGAAGUUCCAGGAGAUCAUUAACCGCAGCAACCACGAGGCCAGUCAGGCGGUGCGACCCAAGUCCUCGUCCUCCCGGUGGCUCCCGCCCGGAUCACCCCCGCAGCUGGUGACUGAGAUCCUGGAGAUCCGGGAGAGCAUGCUGUCGCUCCUGGUCAAACUGCACCAGAAACUGUCUGCCAAGCAAAACUCUCUGUCUCUGAGCUGGUUAGCUGAGGUGGAUCCGGCCAAUCACGCACACGGGGAUGGGUUAACAGCCAUCGAAAGAAUCUUAGCCAAAGCUGCCGCGCGUAGCCGGCACAGCAAGAGAUGCCUACAAGAAAUCUGUGGAAAGGUGUGUCCACCCGUACCUCCCAAGAAGAACAGUCCUGGAGACAAGAAGAGUAUGGACAAGGAAGAGAGGCGUCAGAGGGCCCGAGAGAGACAGCAGAAGCUGCUGGCAGAGUUCGCCUCAAGGCAGAAGAGCUUCAUGGAGACUGCCAUGGAUGUUGAGUCUCCUGAAGCCGAUGCAGUGAUGGACGUGGGCUCGGCAGAACCUCUGGAAUCUGAAGUUCUGUAUGACUGUGUGAUCUGUGGUCAAAGCGGCCCGUCCACUGAAGACAGGCCCACAGGACUGGUGGUACUGCUGCAGGCUUCUUCAGUGUUGGGGCACCGUUGUCGUAGUGACACGCCAAAGCGAUUGCCCACAACAGAUGAGGAACACAUCUACCCCGAGGACACAUGUGGAGCGACCAGUGAUGUUAGACUGACCCUUAUGCAACGCUACUUUAAAGAUAGUUCCUGUCUGCAGUCUGUGUCUGUUGGCUGGGACGGGGGUGUGUAUGUGCAGACGUGCGGACACACUCUUCAUAUAGACUGUCACAAGUCCUACAUGGAAUCCUUACGGAAUGAUCAGGUUCUUCAAGGGUUUUCUGUGGAUAAGGGUGAGUUCACCUGCCCACUGUGUCGUCAGUUCGCCAACAGUGUUUUGCCCUGUCGUCCUGGCCGUGGGAUGGAGACGGGCGCCUGGCACACCCCCAGUAACAAGAGCCUAUCCACACUGGUGAAGGAAGUGGAGGACCUUCAGGAGCAGCUGGGCAUUUUCCCAGCGGAGUCCAACCUGAGUAAAGAGAUGGAAUCCGUUAUAAAGGACAUUAAAAACACAACACAGAAAAAAUACAUGGAUUAUGGGAAGAACCCAGGGUCACCUGACAACGACUUCCUGUUCAUGUACUCCGUGGCCAGGACUAAUCUGGAGUUAGAGUUGGUUCAUCGUGGGGGGGAUCUGUGCAGUGGGGGGGCUAGUGCUGCCGCCAAACGCUCCUGUCUCAAUCAGCUGUUUCAUGUGCUGGCCAUGCACAUGCGUCUCUACAGUAUAGAUUCAGCGUACAACCCCUGGACCAGACUCACACAGACCACGCACAGCAGAGACCCUGAGUUCUGUAACGAUGAACGUCCAGAGGUGCCCAUGCUCUUCAGAGAUGUCCCGUCCCUCCUCAUCAUCUUCAUCCUCACCAUGCCUCAGCCUUUACGCAAAGAGCACUUCACGUGUGUGGUGAAGGUGUUGUACAGUCUGCAGUUCACACAGGCUCUGGCCGCUCUGUCUAUCAGAUUCAGCCGUGAGGAGAGACUCGCCUGGAGCAACACAGGAGCUGCCAAGAAGAACACACCAAACUCUGACAAAUCAUGGGAGGCACUCCUGGGUCACGUGAUCUCCGAGCUGACGAAGGCCAAAGAUGUGUACGACACCAACUCUGAGGAAGCAUUCGUGUUGAGCUCCAGUGUGUGGUCUCCUCAGUCCAUUGAGUUCACCCUACAGCAAUUCUGUCUGCCCUUCCUGAGACUGUCCUGCUUGCUGCAACACCACCUGUAUGGAGACAGCUUACCCGGAUGCCUGGUGGAGGAGGAGUUUUCUCUGCUGACCGGCUGUCUGGGUUUGACUGGUUCUGUUCAGUCCAGUGGAUCCGUGAGCAGCACAGCAUGUCUGGACUGGAACGUCAACGCUUUCGAUCUGAUUAACCAGUGGUGUUCUGAGGUCAUCGCUCUGUCCAAUACACCCUCCCAGCAAUCUGUGUCUCUGUUGGUUCAGGAUCCGCAGUGGGCCGCCCCUCGCCUCCUGCACCUCCCAGACAAUUACAACACCAUCUUCCAGUUCUACCACAGGAAGUCCUGCACCAGCUGCGGUAAAACCCCCAAAGACCCUGCGCUCUGCCUGGUGUGCGGCGCCUUCGUCUGUCUGAAGGGGCACUGCUGUAAACAGCAGGGCGUGUGUGAGUGUGUGCUGCACUCCCAGCACUGCGGAGCAGCGACUGGCAUCUUCCUCCUGGUAAACGCCUCGGUCAUCAUUAUCAUCCGAGGGCAUCGCUUCUGUCUGUGGGGGUCUGUGUAUCUGGACGCUCAUGGAGAGGAGGACCGAGACCUACGUCGAGGAAAGCCUCUGUAUUUAUGUGAGGAGAGGUACCGCGUCCUGGAGCAGCAGUGGGUGUCGCACACCUUCGACCACAUCAACAAGCGCUGGGGUCCCCACUACAAUGGACUUUAA